UGCCUCUUUCUCAUUACAACCUCAUCGCCUCGAUUGACUUUCUAGACCUUGGUGGCUUGGAGGCCGGUCGCAUCGAGCUUGCUACUCGCUACUUGCUCUUUUUCGAUGACUGGCUUUCGUUGAUCGCAACAUUCUUUCUUGGUAUUUUUGUAGGGAUAGCUAGUUGGUUAUCAUGGGAGAUUACGGCCCCGGAGUGUCGUCACUCACGGCACAGCUACCUGGAAAUCCGCCUGUCUCUGAAACAGAUCAGGAUGAGAUCUCAGUCCUUGUAACGGGCUUUGGGCCAUUCAAGUCUAAUCUAGUGAACGCCUCAUAUCUGAUAGCCUCGUCCCUACCACCCUCUUUCACCUUCUCACCUGCAUCUUCAGACGGCUCUGAUGCUGUUCCCCGUCGAGUUUCGAUAAAUGUCCAUCCUUCACCCAUACCCGUUGCAUAUUCAGCGGUGCGGACGACCCUCCCUGUCAUUCUCGAUGACUAUGCCAAGACGCACGGAGGCCGACGCCCAGACAUUGUCAUACACAUUGGCAUAGCAGCGAUGAGGAACUACUAUUCCGUGGAGACGCAGGCUCACCGUGAUGGGUAUCUGAUGUCCGACAUCAAAGGCAGAUCCGGGUACGAGGAUGGCGAGAAGCUGUGGAGGGAGCUCGACUUGCCACUGGUGCUUAGGGCUGGCCCUUCAGAGGGACGCGCCUCGGAGAAGAAACACCUCAGCCCCCGUCCACCGGACGAAGAUUUCCUAGCAGCAUGGAAGACAUUCUGCCCCUCAGAAACCGAUGCGCGGAUCUCCACUGAUGCCGGACGUUAUCUCUGCGAGUUCAUCCUGUACACCAGCUUGGCACUGGCAUACCAGGCGGGUGAGGAUCGCAAUGUCACCUUCUUCCACGUUCCCGCGUCAUGCUUGGAUGAGGAUAUAGAGACGGGCAAGGAGGUUGCCGUCGCGCUAAUCAAGGCUCUUGUGACUAGCUGGAGUGAGCAGCAGCACAGCGCUCCCUAGUUUCUGAAUGGCCUUUUCAAUCUUCUCGGAGUUGUGACAUUGCAUGUCCUAGCAGUUUUGGUUUAUCGGUGGUUCUAUCUGAGUACUGUAUUUUUUGGCCAUAUUUUGCAUUAGUGAAUACAUGUGGGCGCCUGAUGGGUUAUGAUCGCAUCACACCUGGCGCCGCAUAGAUUUUGGGCAUAAGGAGUGUUGGUAUAAGAUCACCUUCAAUUUAUUACUGGUGUUGUAUUUGUGUAGGAAUAGAACCGA